CCCUGGUCUUACUUUCCGUUGUUUUGACACUUUGAAUUGGGUCGUUUCGGAAUUUGCUAGUUCCCAUUCAUCUGGGCUUGGGAUUUUCGCUGAAUUCAUCAUACAACUAGGGUUUUGGAACUUUUUUUUGGUUCUGUUUUAUUGCCUUAUGAGGGUUCAGAUGUCUCUUAGUUUAGUUGAGUCAUCUUUUUCUCAUAAUUCUCGAGAAACACAAAUUAAAAUGAUUUGGUGUGGUCCUUCGAGGGAUUUUUUUUUUUAACAGCAUAUUCCUCAAAGCCUGUUGUCACUUGAUGCUCAAAAAUUGAAGCAACCCACUAGAAUAUCUUUGGGAUGAAAACUGUUAGAGAUUGGGUUUUCUCUCAGUUACUGUACAAGUCACUGGUCUCAUCUGGGCCGAUAUCAGGCAGUGGUAAUUUCUAUGAUGAGGGACAUCAGGGUGAAGAGCAUGUUGAUCAAGGUUCAGCCCACUCAGCUAGCUUGAUAGUGUCACCAGAUCCUUCUAAUUUGUUAGACUUAUCUAGUGGUAAUCAGAGCAGUCAGCAUACUAGCACUCCACAUCAGCUUUCAGGUACGGCACUUCGCCAAUAUCAACAUAGCACCAAUGGAAGACGGAAGGAUCCUUUGGCAAAGAUUGAGGACCUCCAAGUUAAAUUCUUCCGCCUGCUUCAGCGCUUUGGCCAGUCAGAGGAAAAUCUCUUUGUUGCAAAGGUUCUUUAUCGGAUGCACUUGGCAACUGUAAUUUGUGCUGAGGAAUCAGAUCUGAAAAGAGUCAUCCACAGCAGCAAGAGAGCACAAGAAAUUGCAACCCAGCAGGAGUCAUCUGGUCUGCCUGAAUUGGAUUUCUCCUGCACAAUACUUGUUCUGGGAAGAACCGGAGUUGGUAAAAGUGCUACCAUCAAUUCUAUAUUUGAUGAAACAAAAACCGUCACUGAUGCAUUUCAACCUGCUACUAAUUGCAUCCAAGAAUUUGUGGGAACACUCAAUGGGAUUACAGUAAGAGUUAUUGAUACUCCUGGUCUCCUGCCUUCUUCUACUUGUAAUGUAAAGAGAAAUAAGAGGAUCCUGCAUUCUAUAAAAAGAUUUAUUCGGAAAUCCCCUCCUGAUGUUGUUUUGUACUUUGAACGACUGGAUUUUAUAAAUGCUGGCUAUAGUGACACUCCCCUUUUGAGGCUAAUAACUGAAGUAUUUGGCUCAGCAAUCUGGUUCAACACCAUCCUUGUCAUGACUCAUUCUUCCUCGGCAAUUCUGGAAGGACAUGAUGGAAAGAUUGUUAAUUUUGAUUCAUUUGUUUCUCAAUGUACUGACUUAAUGCAGCAUAAUAUAAAUCAGGCACUGUCUGAUACAAGACUUGAAAACCCUGUCCUUUUGGUUGAGAACCAUCCCCAGUGUCCCAGAAAUUUUAUGGGAGAGAAAAGUCUUCCAAAUGGACAGGUUUGGGUAUCUCAACUCUUGUUAUGUUGCAUUUGCACCAAAGUUUUGGGUGAUGUCAAUUUCCUCCUUAAAUUUCAAGACACUGUGGAACUGGGGCCAGGACGUGGUGCUCGAAUACCUUCUCUGCCCCAUCUAGUGUCAGCCCUUUUGAACCGCUCAGUAUCCAAUCCAAGUGGAAUGGACCAUGAAACUGAUGAAAUUUUACUCUCAGAUAUAGAGGAAGAAGAUGAAUACGAUCAAUUACCACCUAUUCGAAUCUUGUCAAAAGCACAAUUUGGAAAGUUGUCCAAGUUGCAAAAAAAGGAGUAUCUGGAUGAGCUAGAUUACAGGGAGACUCUUUACCUAAAGAAACAUUUGAAAGAGGACUCUCGUAGGCGCAGAGAGGAAAUGUUACUAAAAGAACAAAAUUUGUCUGAUAGUGAGCAUCCUGAUGAUCAGCAGGCGUCUCCAGAGCCUGUUCUAUUACCAGAUAUGGAUCUUCCUCCAAGUUUUGAUUCAGGCUGGCCUCUUCAUAGAUACCGCUGCCUUGUGAUGACUGAUCAAUCUCUUUCUAGACCUGUUCUUAAUGGCCAUGGAUGGGAUCAUGAUGUGGGCUUUGAUGGUAUAAAUUUGGAGAUAGCCACAAAACUAAAGAAGGAUGUAUUUGCCGUGGUUACAGGACAGAUGAAUAAGGACAAGCAGGAUUUUAGUAUUCAAUCCGAGUGUUCGGCGACUUAUGUUAAACCUAAGGGCCCUACUUAUUCCAUAGGUGUUGAUGUUCAAUCUGCUGAUAGAGACUUGGUGUGUACAGUUCAUAGCAACACCAAGUUUAGAAGCAUAAAGCACAAUAUUGCUGAAUGUGGAUUUUGCAUAACCUCUUAUGCAAAGAAGCAUUAUCUGGGUGCAAAAAUUGAGGACACUAUGUUGAUCGGGAAACGUCUAAAAUUUGUCAUGAAUGCCGGACAAAUGGUGGGUGCUGGACAAGUGGCAUACGGUGGUACUUUUGAAGCUGCCGUACGAGGACGAGAUUAUCCAAUUAGAAACGACAAUUUUAGUCUGAAAAUGACUGUCCUUUCCCUCAAUAAGGAGACGGUGUUGAGUGGAAGCUUAAAAUCUGAGUUUAGGCUGAAUCGAAGCAUCAAAGCAUCUGUUAGUGCUAGUCUCAAUAAUCACAAAAUGGGGCAGAUAUGUAUAAAGACAAGUAGCUCUGAGCAUUUACAAAUUGCCCUUGUUGCAGUUUUCUCGAUUUUCAAGAUGCUGCUACGUAGAAAGGCGACUGAGAAGUUUGGUAAGCAAACAACGGACGUGGGGUGAGUUUUGCCUAUGGUAGCUAUGAGCUUUUGUUCAAGGAAAAAAUUGAUGUUGUGAACCAAUCUCCAUCCAAGACUUGGACAUGGACAUAUUUUCCCGAGGAAGGUUAGAAAUGCUCAUAUUCAUGAUUCUUUGAAAAGGUUACGCCAAAAUUUUCUCUCUCCAUGCUUGAGAAAGAAGCCUGUUUUGGGAAGUAUAAUGGUUGUUAAUAACAAGUGAUCGUAUAGUUGAGGCCUUUGAGCUUUAUAUGGAGUAAAAUAAUGUAAUGACUAUAGAGUCAAGCAAAGGGAAGGUUUGUUCUGUUUCCUUUUUUCUUGUUUUGUUGAUUUGUCUAAAAAGUUGAAAUACUCCUU